AGGAGGAGCAGAGAUCGGGAACAGAGACGCCCAGGGAGGCAGGCUCUGGUGGCUGCACUUUUAUCCCUCCUCCCUUAGCAAACCUCAGGGCAGCCCUGCCCAAGCGGUCGCCGUUUAGUUCAGGCACGAUCCCCCUCCCCUUGGUGUCUCCUCCUAGGGAGGGUUAAUUUCCCCGGGUUAGCUCCAGCCGCUUUGCAGCUCCUCCCCCAGCCGGGACCCCGCUACCUGCCCCUCACCGGGAUACCGGAGCAGGGAGCUCGGCGCCCCGAGAUGCCCCGUCUGGAGACAGGGUAGAGCAUGCCCCGAGCCGGGAGAGGAGCCGGGAACAGGAGAGGCUGGGGCGCCCCGUAGCCGCCGCAGCGAUGCCUCGGAAGGCGGAGAAGUUUCUGCAGAUCGCCCCGCACUCCCUGGCCAUCGUCCUGAGCCCCGGGGCCGCGCUGGAGGCGGAGGAGGGGCGGCAGGACGGAGAGCGGCCGCCGCCGCCGCCGGGCGAGGAGCCGCCCCAGCUCGGGCGCCACCGCAUCGGCUACGAGAUCUUCGCGGACUUCAAGCAGGAGAACAUGCAGCACUUCUGGAACCCGCGCGUGACGGCGGCCGUGGCCGAGACCUUCUUCCUGGGCUGGCUGGACGAGCAGGUGCUGCUGAUCCAGGGCAAGGAGGAGCACCUGGAGGUGCUGCGGGAGGGCUGGACGCGCCGCUCCCUCAAGCCGCCCGCCGGCUUCCGCAUCAAGUGCCUGGGUAAGUGCUGCUGGGCUCGCCGGCGUCGGGGCAGCCCCCUAACCGGCCCCCCACCCGCGCUCGGGGCAGGUGCCUGGUGCCUUGGCUCCCGCUUGCCAGACUCUGCAAGCUCCCCUCUCCAUACGCUCGGUGCACUAAAAUAGCCGAGUCUCCAAGCAGGCAGCACUGGUGUUUUGAACAGGGCGUCGUCAAGCCCUACACGGAGCAGGUCUGCAUGACGUGGUUUUUGAAAAGCUGGCAGUCUUUGGUGACUCUUUCCUCCAGGUACACUCGUUGUUUCUCCUGCCAGUGACGCUCACUACGGGUAGCAAUGGUAGGAAAUUCUGGGUCAACAAUCCCAGUGUAGAUAAGGCCAAAAUUUGUGUGUGGGAAAUGUGAGACUCAGUACGUGCGAGGAAAGGCAGCUGGAAUGGGGCUGAUCCUGAAUUGUGAGUGAGGUUGAUAUUAAGCUAGCCCACGGUUCUCUUUGUUGUUGACCCGUUCUUUUUCUACUUAGUUUCCCCUCAAGUUUAUACAUUUUUCAACUGUGUUUUUAAUAACUAUGCAAAUCAGUUAUAUUCCGUUGUUUUAAUCAGCAGUUCAUGAUCUUUAUUUUAGCACUUGGGGUCAAAAGUUCAAGUAGUACACAAGUUCCUUGAUAUAAUUUAGCCUCAGCCGCCCCUCUCAACAUCAUUGUUCUCUUAUCUCCAUCCAGGUUCAAUGAAGGAUUCCCUGUGCUAGGCUCUUCCUUCUGAUAUAAUGGAUAAACUUUAAUGCUUUCGCCAUUCCUUAAAUUGGACAAAUCUCUGUACAAUGCCAAACCUGUCCUGAGCAAUGAUAAAUAGAUUGUAAAAUUUGCAGUACCCGACUGAAUUUGUCUUGCAUGCUGAGAUCUAUUUCAAGGUAUUACCUUUCUACCAGAUAAGUGCAUCAGUACAAAGUCACACUAGUGAACAACUUAAAAUUUCUGUGCCUAUUCUUUAUUCAGUGGUGCUGUGCACCGAAAAAGACAAUUUUUAUACUUUUGCUUUCAACAUAUAUAUCCAGCAAUAUUUACUAUGAACAAAAACAUUGUGGUUAAGUGCCAGAUUUGUGUUUGAUUUGGAUUUUAGUAAGUUUGAGUUUGGUAAGCAGUAGAAACUAUGGACAUUUAAUUGUGAUAUUCUAUUUUAUCUAUAUAAUCUCAGUACUUGUUAAAUUUUUAAAGGACUAACUAUUUGGAAACCGUGUGUUCAGUAGUCUGUUCAAAUUCUCGAAACAUUUGCCUCUACAGAAAAAUAAACAAACAUGUAAGCUGUGCAAUUCUGGACUUACGAAUGAUUUUUAAAAAAAAUUGUUACUUUAUAAAGAUGCAUACCACUUAUUUUAAAUAAUUUGCAUUCAAAAGUAGGCCAGAUGGGCUACUAGUUAAUCCAGUAACUGUAGUGGGAUCACAUUUCUUGAAUAUCUUUCUCUUUAGAGAGUGAAAUUAAAACUGUAAAUUAGACAUAUUUUAAAAAAUGCCUAUUGCUAUUUGAAACAUCAGUUACACUUAGUCUGAUUCUGUUUUUUCCACUCAUCCUUCCGAUUCACUUAUAUCACGGGUAGUCAAUAGAUAAACCACAGGCCAAAUCUGGACUGCCAGAUGCUUUUGAAUGGAACCUGAAAUCAUUUUUAUUUUCUCUGGAGUUUGGACCUUGACUAUAUUUUGACCAAGAAAUUUGGACCUUGACACAAAAUAAUUGACUUCCAGGCUCUGACUUAUAUUGUAGCUUCACAACAAAAAGAUGAACAUGUUGAUGGGGAACUUCUGAAAACUGACAAAUUUCCAGAUGCUCCUAUAAAACAUUUUUAAAUGUGAGUAGUGGCACUUGAAUUAAGGUUUGACCUUUAACUAACCUGUUAGAGUAGUAGUCAGUUUAUAAAACUAUGGAAUAUUUCUGUUGUUCAAUUAUCUGUAGCGCAAAAAAAACACCCCAACACGUUGUAAUUUGGGUGUUCUGGGUGGCUUGAGUUUGUAUGUGCCACGAUAAGCAUUUUUAUGGUAAAGAAACAAAGGAUUGGACUAGGAGUGAAUUUCUUUUGCAAUUCAAUAAAUGGCCUUUGAAACUAUAAUUGAUGUGUAUCAUAUUUUGAUGAGUGAAGUUCUAAAUAAUGGUGCCUUUCCCCAAGAGAGAGAUACGUAUUCAUGCA